GUGAGGCGGAAGUCCCGCUGGGAGGCGCCCUGGCUGCUGGGGGCUCCACGUGGGUGGCGGCUCUGGGCUACGAAGCGAAGCGAUGGGGAGAGCGCGCAAGAGGCACAACUGGAGGGCCCGCGGGCCGGGGGGACCGGGGACGCCGGCGGAUCCCCCGCCCCAGGAGGAGGUGCAGCUGGAGCUGGGCGAUGAAGCCCUCUUGAAAGGCACCGAUGGGAGCAACGCGCUGGUCCUUCCGUCACGGAAAAACAAGGAGAAAACAGUAACUCGCGAACAGAGCUCGGCCAAGAAACCCCUGAGCAAGAAGCAGAAGAAAAUCUUGCAGAAAGUUUUGGAGCAGAAAGCGAAAAAAGAAAAGCGCGCUGAGUUGCUGCAAAAGCUGAGUGAAGUCCAGGCUUCGGAGGCGGAAAUGAAGCUGCUUUACACCACUUCCCAGAUCGGGAUGGGAAAGCGGAUGUACCAGGUGAAAAGGGCGGUCCAGGAAGUGAACGCCUCCCAUGCGGAAAAAAUCAGAAGCAUUGGCGGCGCAAACAGGAAAAAAUGUAGGCUGGAAAUGGAAGAAGAAGCCGGGAAUUCCGGAGAGGAGGAGGAAGAGGAAGAAGAGGAGGAGGACGAGCCAACGCCGGAAGAACAAAUUGAAAAGGCGCCCCUGGAGGUCCCUAAAGCCAACAUGCCGUCAAGUCCGGUGGCAAAUACAGUUGCACUUCCACCCACUGCACCGAAGCAAAGCGAGCCAGCUUUUAAGCCACUGUCAGAGCCUGCGGUUUUUAUUCCAGUGGAUAGAUCGGCUGAGAUUCAGGAAGCCAGGCUGAAACUUCCGAUCCUCGCCGAGGAACAAGUCAUCAUGGAAGCCAUUCACGACAAUCCCGUGGUCAUCGUAUGUGGAGAAACCGGCAGUGGCAAAACCACGCAAGUGCCUCAGUUUCUCUACGAGGCAGGAUAUGCUAGCUCCAGAGGCAUCAUCGGAAUCACUGAACCCCGGCGCGUGGCGGCGGUGUCCAUGUCUCAGCGCGUAGCGACGGAGAUGAACUUGUCACAACAGGUGGUUUCCUAUCAGAUCCGCUACGAAGGGAACGUGACAAGCGACACCAAGAUCAAGUUCAUGACGGACGGCGUGCUGUUGAAAGAAAUCCAGAAGGAUUUCUUGCUGUCCAAGUACAGUGUCAUCAUCCUCGAUGAAGCCCAUGAAAGGAGCGUGUACACGGAUAUCCUCAUCGGCCUUUUGUCUCGCAUCGUACCGCUGCGGGCGAAAAAAGGACACCCAUUGAAGCUGAUCAUCAUGUCGGCCACGCUCCGCGUGGAAGAUUUCACAGCCAACGCCAGACUUUUCCGAACUCCUCCCCCUGUUAUCCAGGUGGCUGCCAGGCAAUUUCCCGUGGCCGUUCAUUUUAACAAGAGGACCCCUCUGGACGAUUACGCUGGGGAAUGUUUCCGGAAAGUUUGCAAAAUUCACCGCAUGCUACCCCCGGGUGGGAUUCUGGUGUUUCUCACGGGGCAGGCUGAAGUACAUUCGCUCUGCAGGAGGCUGAGGAAGGCUUUUCCAUUCCACAGAAACGCAUCCCAAGGAGAUGAAGACAAGGAGGAUUCUGUCGAAGAAACCCGGAGAUUUAAGAAAUCUAGGCGGGGGAAGAAUGUGGCGCUACCCAAAAUUGACCUGGAUAGUUACUCCGUGCUGCCGGUGGAUGAAGGCGAUGAGGACAGAGAGGCUGGAGCUGAUGAGGAUGAAGAAGAGGCCGACGCCGCAGGCUCCGAUCUUGACCUGGAUUUGGGGGACGGUGGGGCGGAAGAAGAGGAGAAACAGGAGUCUUCCCUCCCACUCUACGUGCUCCCCCUUUACUCCUUGCUAGCGCCCGAAAAACAAGCCAAGGUUUUCAGACCCUCACCUCCCGGGACAAGGCUGUGCGUCGUCGCGACCAACGUCGCCGAGACGUCGCUGACCAUCCCCGGAGUCAAAUACGUGGUCGACUGCGGGAAGGUCAAGAAACGGUUCUACGACAAAGUCACGGGAGUGUCUUCUUUCAAAGUCACGUGGACCUCUCAGGCCUCGGCCAACCAGCGAGCGGGCCGAGCCGGGCGGAUGGAGCCCGGCCACUGUUACAGGCUUUACUCUUCGGCCGUCUUCAUGGACUUCGAGGAGUUCACCGCUCCGGAGAUCACCCGGCGACCGGUGGAGGAUUUAAUUCUGCAAAUGAAGGCUUUGAACAUCGACAAGGUGAUCAACUUCCCGUUCCCGACCCCACCACCGACAGACGCCCUCGUCGCUGCAGAGGAGCUGCUGAUUGCCCUUGGGGCCUUAAAAGAACCCCCAAAAGCUGGAAGGCUGAAGAAGCUGCAGGAGGCGAAGCUAAGCUGCCCCAUCACCCCACUUGGGAGCACCAUGGCAUCUUUCCCGGUGUCUCCUCGUUACGCCAAGAUGCUCGCCCUGAGCAAGCAGCACAACUGCCUGCCCUACAUCAUCGCCUUGGUGUCUGCCUUGACCGUCCGGGAGUUUUUCGAAGAGUUCAACCGGCCUGCUGUUAGCGAGGAAGAACAAGAGGCGUUGAAAGGGAAAAGGGCGCGAGUCGCCCAAAUGCAGCGGAUCUGGGCCGGACAAGGGCCUUCCCAGAAGCUGGGGGACCUCAUGGUGAUGCUAGGAGCUGUGGGUGCCUGUGAAUACGCCGGAUGUACCCCUCGGUUCUGUGAGGCCAAUGGCUUGCGCUACAAAGCCAUGAUGGAAAUCAGGCGCUUGCGGGGCCAGCUCACCACCACAGUGAACGCCAUUUGCGCCGACGCCAACCUCUUUGUCGAUCCGAAUAUGAAGCCUCCCACAGAGACGCAGGUGACCUUCCUGAGGCAGAUCGUCCUGGCCGGGCUGGGCGACCACGUUGCCCGAAGGAUCCGAGCAGAGGAGCUUCUGGAUGAGAAAUGGAAGAACGGUUACAAGACGCCUCUCCUGGACGAUCCGGUAUUCAUCCACCCCAGUUCGGUUCUCUUCAAGCAGCUCCCCGAGUUUGUUGUAUAUCAGGAGAUUGUCGAAACCACCAAAAUGUAUAUGAAAGGUGUUUCGGAGGUUGAAGCCGAGUGGAUCCCGCUCCUUUUGCCUCCGUACUGCCACUUCGGAAAACCGCUGGAGACGCCGCCUCCUUCUUACUGCCCUGAAACCGGUCGUGUUCGCUGCCACAGGCCAAGUGUCUUCUAUCGAGUGGGCUGGGAGCUCCCAACCGUGGAGACGGAUUACCCAGAAGGAGCCGAACGCUACAAAUACUUUGCCAAGUUCUUGCUGGAAGGGAAGGUCAUCAAAAAGUUGGCCGCCUACAGCCGCUGCUUGCUGUCCAGUCCAGUCACGAUGCUGAAAUCGUGGUCCAAGCUCCAGCCGAGGACAGAAUCCCUGCUCCAAGCCCUUGUCUCGGAAGAAGCAGACCACCGAGAUGCUUUACUGGCUGCGUGGGAGAAGAACCCGAAAUAUCUGUUGACAGAGUAUUGCCAGUGGAUCCCCGAAGUCACGCACAAAGAGGUCUCGAAAAUCUGGCCGCCUGUACAGUGAGGUCAGGAAAGGUCGGGCUGCGAAGAUGCCUUCUGGAACCAGCGCCAGUUAAGGAAAUGGAGAAAUGCAGGAAACCUGGCUGACUUUGGAAGGAGAAAAACAGGCUCUGAGGAGCCGGCAGGAUAUGGUCCCUCCCAAGGACUCUCAGGCUGACUAGAGAUCUUUCAGUUCCAGGCAACCACCAGACCUCAUGCCCAGAAAGACAAUUAUACGUACAAAGGAUUGUCUUCCAUUGAAUUGAAUGGAGAGGCCAUUAUGAAUGGGGGACUGCACUUUUCUUGCUUGCUGGCUAAAAUAAAAACAAAGCGCUGGGCGAUGAUCCUAUUAGAUUUUGGCGAGUAAGUUUCGAGCAUCGCCCCGACCCAAGCGAAUACCUACUUUCCUUUUCUUUCUUUGGGUUUGUGGUUCUUUUUAAAGACGAUGCCGGAGCACAGGCCGGAUCAAAUAAAAGAAUUAAGCGAAGAAAGGGGAGCUGAUCACUUUGAUGUUCGUAAGAAAAGAGAGACUUUGCCCCCAGUGGGCUUUGAUUGGCCUCUUGUCUGCCAAAGAGCACCUGAAUAAAUGAGAAUAGAAGCCGGAGGUUUGGCCAAGGGAGUGCCGUUUCCGAAUGCUGCGGGGAAAUGGAUGCCGUUUUGUACCACAUGGAUACGUGCCUAUUUCAGAGUGUAGUGGAAAGGAUCUGUAUAAUGAAGGCAAGACACGAGAGGUCUUGCAGACAAUAGCUUUUGUACCCGGUUGUAAUUUUAGAAUUAUUUUUGUCUGACCUCUGAAAUGGCAGCUACAGCGCAGUCUUUCACAUGUACAUAGUUCUUUUUGCCAUCCGUUCAUAUAUGUAUACUUUUUAAUAACUGUUUUGCAGUUAAUAAAGAUAUACUUUUAAAUUA